UCUGUGGGCACUCUCAGGUAUGAAGGUCGCAUUAAUGCAGAAUUAGAAUUUGAUGAGUGCGAUAAAUGGGUCGUAAGUCUUUCCGAAGACUCUGAGGCCAUGGUAGUACUGCUGGAUGUUGUCCACGGCAACGAACGCGUACCAGAUGAGCUUUCUUUGGACCUCCUGUACCGGGUCUUGACCCUGGCCAAGAAGUUCGACAUGAUCGCAUGCCUCGAAGGAUAUGUUGAGCGCUGGGCUGCCCCUUGUGUCGUACAGGUUAAUACGGGAGAGGUGACUGCACUGGAGCUGCAGAAGGCCAUUGUGGCGGGGCUGGCGGCGGACUACACGCCACUCCUCAUCACGGCCGCAAAGAAGCUAGUUCUGGAGGGCCUGGUGCUCUACAAGGACAAGAAACUCAUCUUCAGGGAUGGGACAAUCCCAUUGAUGGAAGAGGAAUAUACCAUGGACUUCUUUGAGGAGAUUAUGCUAUUCCAGACUUACAUGGUCCUGUGCAUCAUACAGAUCUACGAGGGUGCAGUCAUGAAUGACGGCUAUGGCCUCUGCAAGGCCAACCGCGACACAACCAACCAAAACGACGUGGCUGCAUGCCACCUCGUGUUGGCGGCCAUCCUGUAG